AUGCCACCUUAUAACUUAGUGCCAAAGCUGAGCAUAUUCGGAGCAGUUAAACAUAUGCAUAUUUCAUAUUCUAAUCGAAGGUUGAACACAGCUGAUAUCGCUAGGAGACUUGUAGUAUACGCAACGGGAAAGGAACUUAAGCUAAAGUAUCCCUCACUUAACGUGACGUGGGAAAUAUUGGACUACGACACACCGGCAAACGUGCAAGUAGAGUAUUUGGACGGGAAAACCGAAAGGUUUUUAAUCGAAGGGUACAGUAAGAGGGAGCAGGAGAAGAUAAUAAACGAUUGGCAGUUUGAGGCAGACCUAGUCCCGUACCCAGAGACCCAGGCACCAAAAUUUGAAAAAAAAGAAGUGUAG